AUUCAAAACAUAAAAAAAAAAAUAUUCUAAUUUCUGCUUAAAGCUCUGAGAAUGAGAUCCAUCUUUGCUGUAGCAGUUCCCCUCCUCUCUUUUGUCCUGUUUGCAACUUGUAUAGAUGCAAGAAAAGAUUCCGGAGAAUACUGGCAUGGGGUUGUGGGUGAUGAGCCUAGGCCCCAAUUAGUGCAAGGCAUUGUCCACUUGUCUAAGGUAACAUCUCCUGAUUCACACAAAAAAAGCGACUGUCACCAUGGCUCGCCUGACACACAUUCAAAAUCCUACUCCAAAGACUUUGAGCCGAGACCUAAUGUCUGGGCUUACACUGAUGAUGUCAAAACUAAAUAUGGAAGAUCUUUCGGUAAGGAUUUUGAGCCGAGACCUAAUGUCUCGGCUUACACUGAUGAUGCCAGAGAAGAUAACAAGAAAUCUUUCGUUAAAGAUUUCGAGCCAAGGCCAAAUGUCUCUGCUUACACUGAUGAGGCUAAAUUAGGCGACGACAAAUCUUUUGAUAAAGACUUUGAACCGAGACCUAAUGUAUCGGCUUACACUGAUGAUGUCAAAACUAGGCAAGAAAAAUCUUUUAGUAAGGAUUUUGAGCCGAGACCUAGUACAACGGCUUACACUGAUGAUGCCAAAGAAGAAAACAAGAAAUCUUUCGUUAAAGAUUUCGAGCCAAGGCCAAAUAUAUCGGCUUACACUGAUGAGGCUAAAUUAGGUGACGACAAAUCUUUUGAUAAAGACUUUGAGCCGAGGCCUAAUGUAUCGGCUUACACUGAUGAUGUCAAAACUAGGCAAGAAAAAUCUUUUAGUAAGGAUUUUGAGCCGAGACCUAGUAUAACGGCUUACACUGAUGAUGCCAAAGAAGAAAACAAGAAAUCUUUCGUUAAAGAUUUCGAGCCAAGGCCAAAUAUAUCGGCUUACACUAAUGAGGCUAAAUUAGGUGACGACAAAUCUUUUGAUAAAGACUUUGAACCGAGACCUAAUGUAUCGGCCUACACUGAUGAGGUUAAGUCAGAUGACAAGAAGACUUUUGUUAAAGAUUUUGAGCCGAGGCCUAAUGUCUCGGCAUACACUGAUGAUGUCAAAACAGAAGAUGAGAAAUCAUUUGGUUCUGCGGUGGAGAAGGUAAGAACCAGACGGAUAAAGAAAAACAGGGCCCGUGUUCGUGCACUAUCCUUUAGAGAAACUAUCAUGUCAUGUCAGCAAGGCCAACUUCUAGUCGGAAAAGAAAAGCCUCGUUCGCUUAUUCUCGGGAGG